CUCUCUCUCUCUUUCUCUCUGUCUCUCGACGGCAGGGGGGGGGGGGAGGAGGGCCUUGCAUGAAAAGCAGCAGAAGGCAAGGCAGUGCAGGAGCAGCCUGUGGAGACAGGGACAGCCUGUGUGUGUUUGUCCACCUCUAUCACACUCCAACACACACACAUACACACACACACACAUACACUCUUACGGGCACGCACACAUCCUCCAGCUGUGGAUUUAUUAGUGUUGCCAAAGAAGCUGGAGGGCCUUGUGUUGUCCUCCUCCUCGUCCUGAGCAGCAGCAGCAGCAGCAGCAGCAUCAGGGACACACACGGUCCUCGUCCACUCCUGAGUUCGGGGCACUGAGAAAUGAACAAAAUGAAGAACUUCAAGCGCCGCUUCUCACUGUCCGUGCCAAGAACAGAGACAAUUGAGGAGAACGAGUUCACCGAGCAGAUAAACCAGCUCAACAUCCAGCACAAUGAGGAUCUGGUGCCGAAUACCCUGGGCUUGCACGCUCUCCACCCAUCAGCGAGUCCGCUGGCCUCCGAGCAUCAGGCUCCGUCUCCCACCCAGCUGCACUACCACAGCAAAGUCCAGCACCGCCGCUUCUCCAUGGAGGAUGUCAGUAAGAGGAUGGCUCUGCCCAUGGACAUUCGUUUGCCACCAGAGUUUCUAAAGAAGUUGCAGAUGGAGAGCCCAGACUCAUGCAAACCACUCAGCCGCAUGUCCAGACGAGCCUCACUGUCUGACAUCGGUUUUGGGAAGCUGGAGACGUACGUGAAACUGGGCAAAUUAGGAGAGGGAACUUAUGCUACAGUAUUCAAGGGGCGCAGCAAGCUGACAGAAAACCUGGUGGCCCUGAAAGAGAUCCGGCUCGAGCAUGAAGAAGGCGCCCCUUGCACCGCCAUCAGGGAAGUUUCGCUGCUGAAAAACCUGAAACAUGCCAACAUUGUGACUCUGCAUGACAUCAUCCAUACUGACCGCUGCCUCACUCUGGUCUUCGAAUAUCUGGACAGCGAUUUGAAGCAGUACCUAGACAACUGUGGAAACCUCAUGAGCAUGCACAACGUGAAGAUAUUUAUGUUCCAGCUUCUGCGUGGUUUAUCUUAUUGUCAUAAGAGAAAGAUUCUACACAGGGACCUCAAGCCACAGAAUCUGCUCAUCAACGAGAAGGGAGAACUGAAGUUAGCUGACUUUGGUCUGGCAAGAGCGAAAUCUGUGCCGACGAAAACCUACUCAAAUGAGGUGGUAACUUUAUGGUACCGUCCUCCAGACGUCCUGCUGGGUUCCACAGAAUACUCGACUCAUAUAGACAUGUGGGGCGUAGGGUGUAUUUUGUAUGAAUUGGCAACGGGACGCCCCAUGUUCCCAGGCUCGACUGUCAAAGAGGAGCUGCACCUGGUUUUUCGUCUCAUGGGAACCCCGACUGAAGAGACCUGGCCUGGGAUUUCAACUAACGAGGAGUUCAAGUCGUACAUGUUCCCUCUGUAUAGGGCCCAGGCGCUGAUAAACCAUGUUCCCAGACUGGACACUGAGGGCAUCGAUCUUCUUUCAGCUCUUCUGCUUUACGACACCAAAAAAAGGAUCUCUGCCGAGACGUCUCUAAGACACACAUACUUCCUCAGUCUGGGAGAGAACAUUCAUUCCUUAUCAGACACUUCUUCAGUGUUCUCACUAAAGGAGGUGCAGCUUCAGAAGGAUCCCGGCCACCGGAGCUCAGUUUUUCAUCCAGGUCGGGGAAAGAACCGCCGACAAAGUAUAUUCUAACAGCUGAUAUAUGGAGGAGGAAGAUCAUCACAAUGAAGAAAAUGGCUGUAAAUCUGAGCAAACUGCCCAGCUGUAUCCCAAAACCUCCUUACUUUAGCACACACUGGACACACACUCACAGCUGACUGAAGUUAAAUCAAUUCACUGUUGAUUAAGUGAAUUGGACAAAAGAAUAGCUGAUUACUCGUAGCUCCCUGUUGUGCUCCCUCAACACUCAUAUCUCAAACUGUAAAGACAAAAAAAAAAAA